AUUGCCAUCCCGCUCGUGCGCAGCUUCAAUACCGCGCGUACGUUCCAACUCCCCCUCUCACUCGCACUCGCAAUUCCAAUACGACUUUCUCACCCGAAGACGACGACCACGCAACAAACACUACUUCACAAAGUCGAACUCGAAUCGCCAUACACGAUCGGAAACGAGUUGUGGAGCAAGCAAACUCAGUGCAGCAGUCACGGCACCGCGUGCGAUUGAGUACGACGACGAGUUCAGUUCGAGUCGGCAGCGAGAGUGAACGCGUUUCUCGGUUUUAUCUUCCGUUCUUCUGUUCCCAUUCGCGCACACUAGACUAUUGGUAAUUAGUAUUUUUUCCCUUGAAAGAAAUAGUAGUUACUCUCAAAAAACACUGUUCGAGCAAUCAUUGUGGUGAAAAAAUUUGCGUACGAAAAAGAAUUCAAACGAGAUUUCCAGCGAAGAGGAAAGAGCGAGACGGAAGCGAAGAAAAAAGGGUUCCAGUGUUUAUUGUGUGUAGUUAUUGGUCUGCUCAACGAUAGUUUGGAUUCGUCGUGUCGUGUUGCUUCCAUUGUGCAAUAUUGUGUUUUUGUUUAUGCUGUUCGAGUGGAGAGAAACAAUCGACCUUGACGCUGAUUAGACUGACGAGGGAAAAGGAAAACAAAGCGAUAGCGUUUGAAGUGAAUGGCAAACUAGACCAUAGAGAACAGGACAAGGAUGCAAUGAUUAAUGGGAUACUAGUUGGAUUAUAGUGUUAUUGUUGUGAGAAUAGUUGAUUUUACAUUUUUUGUGACAAAUUUUGGUGAUUAUCAGUGACAAACGUGGCUGAAUUGGAAGGAUUGAGCUGAGUAAAAGUGCAGAUUUUUUUUCGCUGAAAAUUUGUUCACCUCGAUUCGAUUUCGAUUCCUUUACACCGCGCACCAAUACAGUGGCAACAUCGAAGGUGAGCUGAAACAAAUGUAAUAACAUCAGCAGCAACAACAACAAUAAUGGAAAGGUGUUUGUGGUGGAAUAAAAAAUAAGCAAAAAGAGACACCAUCCAGGCUUGCUUGGAGGUUGCGGCUGGCAAAAGAAAGGUCCAACAAAGCAACCAAGAAUCAACCAACAACGAAACGAAGACGACGACGACUACGAGUGAGUGGCCUCCAAAACAGCCUUCGUCGAUCGCAGUGUUGUGCAAAUCGCGUGAAUGUGUGAAAGGAGGCUGAUGAUAGAAGGCAAGAAGAGAGUGCCGAGAGUCACCGCAGCAGCAUAAAAGGCGAUCGUGUUGUUUUAUUUUUCUUCCGAGCUUUGCGUGCACAUACGUACUACCUUGUUUUCGCUCUCUUUCUCUCCGACGACGAUCGAUGAUGAUGGUUCUUACCUGUAUCGAGAUGCAGCAGUGAGUGUUUUCCACUGGGAGUGAGCGAGAUAGCCGCAGUCGGCCAGUGUCAAUAAACUCUGGUGCGCUCGUCGUCGUUGGAACCGUCGUCGUCGUCUUGCCUUGCGGGAUGCGAGAGGAAAGGCAUUAAGCGAAAUCACCACAAAACUCCUUGGAUAUACGGGGAAUGGAACGGGGAAAAACAACACAGUGAAAACCUUUGGGACCAAGAAAAUCUGUUAUGCCUGAGAGUCCUGUUUUAGUAUGCGUUUAGCUUUCAGUGAAAUGAUUUCUGCUUCCAUAUUAUUGUCUUAGCAUCGCAUGUCCCGUAUGCUUUGUGUGUGUGAAGAAUAAUAGCCGAAGCAGAGCUACCAGAAUGACAUCGACGGAAUCGCGAGGAAACGUCUCGGUAACGACGAUCAAUUGUGAAAAUGACCCGGGCUUCAAUCCGGCCAGCAGCAUGAGCAGCAUGAUUCCGGCGCCAUCGUCCGGGAGCAGUUCCGGAAGCAGCAGUAGCAGUAACACUCCGAACGCCAGCACCAGUACCAUCUUCGGCAACGUUGGUAUCAGAAUAACCGUGCCAAAAAUGGAAGAAUCCGACGAGUCUGACACAGAACUAUCAAACAUUGAAAAGACGGCUAAAGUUAACAUGAGGGAGGAUAGUCGCGCUAGCAAGGGAUUGCCACGGCCCAUGUCCUGGGAGGGUGAACUGUCCGAACCGGAAGCGAUGAUGAUUGACAACGAAAACAGUUCCAGUGGCCCCAGCGGGCCAGGGACUGCAGCCAAACCAGAACCGCUCAUAGUGGCCAAGGAAGAACCGUCGGGACCAGGGAUAACGGAACCACUGGCCCUGACCGCCAAUCACAGUAGCAGUAGCUCGCCCCUUCCCAACCGCGUUAUCAAACCGGAAGUGGGCCUUCCGUUAAUUAAUCACAACGUGGCUUCCAGCUACGCCAAUUCCAUUCCAACUAGCAGUAGUAUUAACGCUAAGAAACUCCCCGAUGUCAUAAGCCUCAAGUACGAGCACGGACUGGCCGAGAACCUUCCAGCCGUCCACUCACCGCUGCUCGUACGCUCAAAAACCACCCUCCUCCCAGCAAACCCCAGUCCCGACUCCGCCAUCCACUCCGUCUACACCCACAGUUCCCCGAGCCAAUCCCCCCUAACCUCCCGGCAUGCCCCCUACACCCCGUCCCUGAGUCGCAACAACAGCGACGCUUCGCACAGUAGCUGCUACUCGUACAGUUCCGAGUUCAGCCCAACGCACUCCCCCAUCCAGGGACGGCACAACAUGUUCACCAGUGGGUCCUACAACGGGUCCCCGCUACAUCACUCAGUAUUAUUCAAACCGAUGAUCGACAACGAACAGGCGCUGAAGCUGGCCAACCAGGACGAACCGGUCUUCGACAGCGAACAUCUGCCGUCCCCGGGAAUCUCCCGGCAACAGUUGAUCAACAGCCCGUGUCCGAUCUGCGGGGACAAGAUCUCCGGCUUCCACUACGGGAUUUUCUCCUGUGAGUCGUGCAAGGGCUUCUUCAAGCGGACCGUGCAGAACCGGAAGAACUACCAGUGCCUUAGGGGGGCGGCCUGUCCGGUGACGAUCGCCACCAGGAAGAAGUGCCCCGCCUGCCGGUUCGAGAAGUGCCUUCAGAAGGGGAUGAAGCUGGAAG